AUGGACCCGCGUUCGUGGUUCAGCAGCCUGACGGGCUACUUCGUCUACAUCCUGUCCGUUGCGACUCUCGGCCCGCUUCUCUUCGGCUUUCACUUGUCUGAGCUGAACGCACCCGAAGAUGUCAUCCGCUGUAAACGAAAGUCGAUAAAGUCUACCGUUGCUGGCCCCAGCCUCCCGCAAUGCAUCGAAAUGAGCCCAACCGAAUGGGGUGUUGUGGGGUCGCUGUACACAUUGGGAGGUCUGAUGGGAGCGCUCUCGGCAGGGCCGCUGGCAGGCAAAUACGGGCGCCUCAGGGCCAUGCAGAUAUCCACCGUCUUCUUCGCUGUGGGCCCCAUCUUCGAGGCGCUAAGCCCAAACAUUGGUGUCAUGGCAUUUGGAAGACUGCUGUCAGGAGUGGGUGCAGGCGCGUCUGUUGUCAUUGUGCCACUGUACAUCUCUGAGAUCUCGCCGCCGGGCGAGAAGGGCUUCUUUGGUGCUUUCACACAGAUUGGGUGCAACGUGGGCAUCCUGAUCACGCAGUUGUUGGGAUACUUCUUGAGCCACGACUCCUACUGGAGGCUCAUCUUGGCCAUUGGAGGUGUCAUCGGGGCUGUACAAGGCGUGGGACUGCUGUUGUCGGUCGAGAGCCCAAAGUAUAUUGCAGAGCAGGGUAAUGUCUCGCUCGCGAAGAAGACGCUGCGCAAGAUCAGAGGAGAACAUGCAGACAUUGAAGAUGAAAUGAACGACUGGGGUGUCUCGGGCUCAGGCAAUGUCAGUGAGGAGGAACAGACCCUGUUGAGCAACGAAGAUGGGUCAGCUGAUGCGAGGCCAAAAGAGUCAGGCAAAGAGCAGACGCUCAGCAUUGCGCAAGUCUUCCGCCAUCCUGACUACCAAAAGGCUGCCAUCGCUGUCGUCAUGGUUAUGCUGGCCCAGCAGUUCAGCGGCAUUAACAGCAUUGUCAUGUACGGUGUUUCGCUUCUGGCAGGUCUGCUCGAGUCCAAUUCCGCACUGCUCAAUCUUGCCGUCUCAGCGCUCAACAUCAUCGUUACAGCCAGCUGUGCGCCCCUCGCAGACAAGCUGGGCCGCAAGGUCUGCCUGCUUAGCUCCCUUGCCAUCAUGGGCACGAGCUCACUCCUGCUCGCCAUCGGCAUCAUCAAGUCGAUCUCUGUCCUCUCCGCCAUCGCUGUCCUGCUAUUUGUAUCUGGCUUCGCUGUUGGUCUUGGCCCAGUGCCCUUCAUCCUGGCGAGCGAGCUGGUAGGCCCGGAUGCUGUUGACGCAACACAGAGUAUUGCGCUCGGAGCCAACUGGAUUGCUACAUUCAUUGUCGCACAGUUCUUUCCGUUGGCGAGCGCCAAGUUGCACGGUCAUGUCUACUUCAUCUUUGCUGCACUAUCGGCCUUCUUCUUUGCCUUCAUUACCUGGUAUGUGCCUGAGACCAAGGGCAAGAAGAAUGCGGAUGAGGUCUGGGGCAGAGAGCGUCGAGUGGAUUGA